AUGACGGAAUACGAUGAUCGCGGCUGUGCGUCAAAUAUGUAUUUGCCGAACUGCACUUAUUACGUUUCGACGCCCGAUUUUACAUCAGUCUCCUCCUUUUUGCCGCAGACGACAUCGUGUCAGAUCAAUUUCCCCUAUUCUCCAAACAUAACGCAACCUGUCCGAGAAGUCGCUUUCAGGGACUAUGGACUGGACCAUCCCAGCAAAUGGCACUACAGGGGCAAUUACGCGUCCUUAUACUCAACGGAGGACAUCAUGCACCGGGACUUGAUCCAGUCCUCUAGCAGCAGGGCGGAGAUGAUCUUGAAAAACGAAUCCUUGUACGGGCACCACCACCACCACGGAGGGACGAGCUCCCCGUGCGGUUUCUUCACCGGUGUCGGCCGAAACGGAGUUCUCCCCCAGGGCUUCGACCAGUUCUUUGACACUCCCAACUCGGACAAACCCGACGCGGAGCCCGCCAAACAAAAGACUGCUCUCCCCGGAGAUGCUGUGAGUAACAAUCAGGUUUUAACCAAACUAGACGAGCACAAAGCGGAUCCGAGUGGGAGCACCGAGGAGGAUCCAUCCACCAACAGCCGAGAGAGUGAGUGUUUCCCCCGGUGGACGGGUGACAAAAGAACUGGUUCGUCCAUGCGCUCCAGGAAGAAGAGGUGUCCUUAUUCCAAAUACCAGAUCCGAGAACUUGAACGAGAGUUUUUCUUCAAUGUGUACAUUAACAAAGAGAAGCGACUCCAGCUGUCCAGGAUGUUAAACCUGUCAGAUCGGCAGGUGAAAAUUUGGUUUCAGAACAGAAGAAUGAAAGAGAAAAAACUCAACCGCGACCGGCUGCAGUAUUUCACAGGGAAUCCCUUAUUCUGA